AUGUUAGCGGAUAUCCGGAAGAUAAGGACUCUUAAGCUUCAGCUCGACUAUGUUCUGACGAGGAACAUUCCUCAGUCAGAUAUCCGAAAAUCUAGAGGUGCUUGGGACGUCGCGUUCGACUCUGAUCACCGUCCAGUUCUUCUCAGCUUCAAGAUACGGUUCCACAAGAGAAACCGAGGAGUUCCUCUUCAACCGAAAAUCGACAUGGCAGGUUUGAAAGACGAUGAAUGCGGAACAAAAUUUCGCCAACGUGUGUCUAUUCAUGUUCGAGUACGGACCAGGAAGAAGCUUAGCGAUGCGGAUUCCUUCAAAAAGUGCAUCCAGGACGCUGCAAGGGAAACGCUCCCGGUUCUAUUGCCGCGGAAGAAGUUUGCUCUUGCAUCUGCGGAAACAAAAUCCACUACAAUUCUAAGGAAGCUGCAUCGUCAACUGCAACAAGACCGCGAUAACAAGUGGACGUCAAGAGCGAUGGAGUUUGAAAAGGCGUGGGAGGAUAAGAACCCGCGGAAAGCUUAUGCUUUGCUAAAACAGUAUAGCGGCAAAAUGAAAAGAUGUUCCCCUGUUCUCAACACUGCUAAUGGGGUAGCUGUCGGUGAAGCAACCCUUCCAAUUUGGAAGGAACACUUCAAGACCUUGCUGAACCGGCUAGCACCGUCAGCUCCUGAACUCGAGCACGUUCAUAGGCCGACAUAUGCGGUUAACGAGGAGCCACCGACUAAGUCGGAGGUUCUAGUCUGUAUUCAAAAAAUAAAGAAUGGAAAAUCUGGUGGAGACGACGGGAUUAGCGCAGAAAUGCCAAAAUAUCUUCCUCCGUCUGGGAUCCGUGAGAUGACAAAGAUCAUCCGUUCAAUAUGGAUAGACGAAAGGAUACCUGAUUCGUGGAGAAACGCUAUCAUAAUUCUCCUCCACAAGAAGUUAUCCGUCACGGACCCCAGGAAUUAUCGAGGAAUCUCUUUGCUGCGUGUUAUGUACAAGGUAUUGGAGCGCAUUAUCCUACUCAUUAAACAUCGCGAAGAAACAACGCGCGACGAGCAAGCAGGCUUUCGUCCUGGCCGAUCUACGAUUGACCAGGUGUUUAUCGUCAGGAGAGAGAUCGAAAUCUGGCAGCGGUAUUCGAAGCCAAUGCAACUAGCGUUUCUUGACUUUUAA